AUGUCUACUGACAAGAUCACCUUCCUGGCUAACUGGCAUGCCACCCCCUACCACGCCCCUGUCUACCUUGCUCAAGCCAAGGGUUACUUUGCAGAGGAAGGCCUCAAGGUUGCUCUCCUCGAGCCCAAUGACCCUAGCGAUGUCACCGAGAUCAUCGGCAGCGGUAAAGUCGAUCUCGGCUUCAAGGCCAUGAUCCACACCCUCGCCGGAAAAGCUCGCGGCUUCCCUAUCAAGUCCAUCGGUUCUCUCCUCGAUGAACCCUUCACCGGAGUAGUCUACCUCAAGUCCUCAGGCAUCACCACCGACUUCCGCUCCUUGAUGGGCAAGCGCAUCGGCUACGUCGGCGAAUUUGGCAAAAUCCAAAUCGACGAACUGACUUCCCAUUACGGCAUGAAACCAACCGACUAUACUGCUGUUCGCUGCGGUAUGAAUGUCUCCAAGGCUAUCAUUGAGGGAUCUAUUGAUGCAGGCAUUGGACUUGAAAACGUUCAAAUGGUCGAACUCGCUGAGUGGCUUGCCUCGCAAGGAAAACCUCGCAGUGAUGUGCAAAUGCUACGCAUCGACGAACUCGCCGAGCUUGGCUGUUGCUGUUUCUGCAGUAUCCUCUACAUCGGCAAUGAGUCCUUCAUCGCCCAAAACCCCGAAACGGUCAAGGGAUUCUUGCGUGCUUGCAAGAAAGCAACAGACUUCGUUUUGGCUUCUCCCGCUCAAGCCUACGAGGAAUACGUUUCUUUCAAACCUGCCAUGGGAACACCUCUUAACCGCAAAAUCUUCGAAAGAAGUUUUGCCUACUUUUCAAAGGAUAUGAAGAAUGUUGCCAGAGACUGGAACAAAGUCACUGCUUAUGGAAAGAGAUUGGGUGUUUUGCCUGAGGAGUAUACUCCUAAUUACACUAAUGAGUUCUUGGAGUGGACCUUUGACGCUGAAUCUGAAGAUCCUACCGGUGAUCAGAAGAGAAUGGUCGUUUUGCAGGAGAAGGUUGCUGAGAAGGGUGGGUUCCACCGUCUGGGUGCUCCUUUGGUUGAUGCUUCGCAGGCUUGCUUGAUGUAA